GGAGCGACCAGAGAGUUCUGUACCCUCCUCAUCGACCAAAUACAGAACUUCUUUAUAUCUGAAGGUCCUGAGGGCAACACAACCCUGGCCCUGAACAGUGUUGGUAAGCUUUGAAUUUAAUUUAUGGUAUUGGGCGUUGCAAUUUAGAGUUUUUAACAUGCAUUUAAAAUGAGCAACAAACUUUAAUAACCUUGUGCUUUUCCCCUUAUCACAGCAUUGCAGAAAGGACAGUACAGGCUGGUGGGGAAGAUGAUUGCCCUCUGCCUGGUGCAGGGGCAGGUCUCUCCGAGAUUCCUAUCACAGCGCCUCUACAGACAGGUUUGUAAGCUGUCCCCUCUUCCUGCCAAGCUCCAAAAGGCAAGUAAAUGGUUAAUGUUAAUUGAAACCACUUUUUGGAGAAGUGUUUUUGUGUCAAGAUACUGUGUGGUGUGCUCUAUAGUGUACUGAUGUUGAAUUUCAAUGUAUGAUUUAUGUCAUACACAUAUGUCAAUGCAUUCUUUACUGUUAGAAGAUAAUUUGUGCCAUGAAAGUGCUUAGAAAUCCCAAAUAAUGAUUAUUGUUCCUAAUGUAUGAUAUUAGAUUGCAGAUGCCACACAUGUGGAAGGUGCCAGGGAGGCUAUGGAGGAGGCCACAGACGAGCUCUCCCUCAUGGGCUCCUUUUCUUUGUGCGGAGCCUCCCGCAUAGGGAUGAGCUGCUGGGGGCAGCCCUCAACUUCCUCACAGAGGGCCGUAUUUUGACUGCUCUCAAUCAAUUCAAAGAAGGGUUGGAGACCUUCGGGAUUCUAGCUCUUUUGAGGAUCCACCAUGAGGAGCUCAAGGGGGUCUUCAUGGACACACCUGAGCCGCUGCUGGCCUCCCGGUUGGAGUCCACAUUCAUGACGUCCUACCUGUCUGAGCCGGGCUCCAAUCGGAGGAGGAAGGAGGCCAGGACCCUUAUAUAUUGGAGGGACUGGCUGAUCGAGGUGGAGGAUGGAGAUACGAGUCUCACCCUGGGGGCGGUUCUGGCGUUUGCCACGGGCCUCAAAAGGAUUCCUGCUGUGGGUUUUCCCAUCGGACCCCGGCUUGAAUUCCUCCAUGAGGAAGAUGGACCGGCCCUUUUCCCCACGGCCAAUACCUGUUCCCUGGUCCUCAGGCUACCGGUGUAUCCGGAGUACAAUCGAUUUAAGGAGGCCAUGGAGGAAGGAAUAACCUCCUGUGGGAGUACCUUUGGCGUGGCCUAAUUUGGUGCCCAACCCCAUGGAAGGACGCUUGGAGUGCCCCCACACACACAGGGAAGGACGCUUGGAGUGCCCCACACACACACAGGGAAGGACGCUUGGAGUGCCCCACACACACACAGGGAAGGACGCUUGGAGUGCCCCACACACACACAGGGAAGGACGCUUGGAGUGCCCCCACACACACACACACACACACACACACACACACACAGGGAAGGACGCUUGGA